AUGGCCGACAUGUCGACUCCCCGGAUGAGCAAGGACAAGGUUGUCAGCGAAAAGCCCAGUGAAGAUGUCGAAGCUGGCGAGACUGGGCUCAAGCGCGCCCUGCAGGGCCGCCACCUGCAGUUCAUUGCCAUCGGCGGCACUAUUGGCACGGGACUCUUCCUGGGCACGGGCGGCGCGCUGUCCAAGGCCGGCCCAGUGUCGCUGCUGAUUGCCUUCAUCUUUGUGGGCAUCGUUGUUUACUCCGUCAUGACGGGUCUCGGCGAGAUGGCUGCUUAUAUGCCCGUCGCUGGUGCCUUCACUGUAUACGCCUCUCGUUUCGUCGAUCCGACUCUGGGAUUCGCCAUGGGCUGGAUCUACUGGUUUAGCUGGACCAUCACAUAUGCGCUGGAGCUGACCGCCGCGGGUCUCAUUAUCCAGUACUGGAACGAGAGCCUCAGCAUCGGUAUCUGGAUCGCCGUCUUCUGGGUCAUCUUCACGGGAGCAAACUUCCUCCCGAUUCGAUGGUUCGGCGAGCUGGAAAUGUGGUUCUCGAGCAUCAAGGUCGUCACCAUUGUCGGUUUCAUCAUCUUCUCCAUCUGCGUCAACGCUGGAGUCGGCGACCAGGGCUACAUCGGCUUCAAGUACUGGGUGUACCCGGGCGCGUUUGCCGAGUACAUGGUCUCGGGUGCCACGGGCAAGUUUGUCGGCUUCUGGGCUGUGCUCAUCACGGCCGGCUUCAGCUACCAGGGCUCCGAGCUGGUGGGCAUCGGGGCCGGUGAGACGGAGAACCCGGGCAAGGCCAUUCCGUCUGCCAUCCGUUGGACGUACUGGGGCAUCUUCACGCUCUUCGUUACGACCGUCUUCUUCAUUGGCCUGAACGUGCCGUACGACAACGCGGACCUCCAGAACACGUCGACGAACGCUUCCGCCUCGCCGCUCGUCAUCAUCGCGAACCUCGCUGGCGUGCAGGUGCUGCCGCACAUCAUCAACGCCGUUCUGCUCACUGCUGUGCUGACGGCCGCCAACUCGGACGUCUACUCGAGCAGCCGUAUCCUGAUCGCCCUGGCAGAGGAGGGCCACGCUCCGGCCUUCCUCAAGGCGACGAACCGGUAUGGCACUCCGUACUGGUCCGUGGCCGUGUGCGCGUCCUUUGGACUGCUCGGCUUCCUCAACCUGUCCAAGAACGGCGAGACGGUGUUCAACUGGCUGCUCAACAUCACGGCGGUGGCCGGGUUCAUCACCUGGUCGCUCAUCAACAUCUGCCACCUGCGCUUCCAGAGUGUGAUGCGCGCCAAGGGACAGUCGCGAUCGGAGCUGCCUUACCGGGCUCCGUUCCAGCCGUACCUGUCGUGGUUCGGGCUCUUCUUCAAUGUGCUUAUCCUUUUGACGAGCGGAUUCACCGUGUUCAUGGACUGGGACACGAGCAACUUCUUUGCGUCGUAUAUUAGCGUCAUCAUCUUUGUUGUUUUGUACGUCGGACACAAGCUGGUGUUCAGGACCAAGAUGGUCAAGUUGGAGGAUGCGGAUAUCAGCAUGGGGCGGACGGGCAUCUGA